AUGACCUUUCUUUCAGCUGUCUUAUCAAAUAUCUUGAUUUGUUCUGCUUCUUCCAUUGCUGAGAACAUUCUGUAUGUUCGUACCAAUGGAAUCUUUAACAUCAUCUUAUACAAAUCAGCAAUAUCAUCUAUUCCAGAUAAGAACACCAGAAUAUCUCUUCGUUCUUGCUCAUCACCAUUCUUUAUGAUCUUUUUGAUUGUCAGAAAUGCUUCUAUGAUAUAA